AGCCCUAUUAGAUCAUUAGAUGAUACUGUUGAACCCAUAAAAGGAAUAUAUCCAAAAUUGGGAAUAUCCAAUUUCUUUUUUUCUUUUUGUUAUUUUCUGGGAAAUAUCCAAAAUUGGGAAUGUCCAAUAUUUCAGUGUAAGUGGGUAAACCAAAGCGACAGAGGCGAUCAUAUCCGAUAAUGAUAGUCCCGAGGUGCAGAGACACGGGUUUGAUUCCCGAGGACUGAAAUAGACAAAUCCAUUUUCGUCAGCAACUCGUGGGUUCCGCCGCUAAAUCCGACCAGACAUUUCCAUCUCCGUCUGACUUUUUCCACUGCCCUGAAUCCGACGGCCUACUUUCCUCUCGUAACAGUAAAUUCUAUUCGAUUCUCAGUUCCCAAUAAGCAAAACCACCCUGCCACCCUUCCCCUUUAGCUUCUUCCAAUUCUCUCUCUCUCUCUCUCUCUCUCUCUCUCUCUCUCUCAUUCAAUCCCGGUCGUCUUCGAUCCUCCUCAUCUCAAACCGCACAAACGAUCACGGACAACCCUUUCUACAUUAAGAUCUUGAGUUGUUGCUUUGCAUAGUUCUCAUCAAAUUUUGGUGUGGAAGAUCACGUUGGUCAUUUGACAUGGGUGCCGUGGUGAAUUCCAUAGAUAAAGACGACCGUAUUCCAAAAGAAGCCAAGGAGAUUCUACAAUCAUUGGCUACCGAGUGGGAAAAUGUAGCUGAUUCCACUGCCUUGCAGGUCAUCCCUCUCAAGGGUGCAAUGACUAACGAGGUGUUCGAAAUAAAGUGGCCAACAAGCACCGGGGAAGUCUCGCGAAAGGUUCUGGUUAGGAUUUACGGUGAGGGUGUUGAGGUGUUCUUUGACAGGGAUAAUGAGAUCCGAACAUUUGAAUACAUGUCAAAGAACGGUCAGGGACCUCGUCUGCUUGGCCGUUUUCCUAAUGGCCGAGUUGAAGAGUUCAUCCAUGCACGGACACUUUCAGCAUCUGAUCUACGUGAUCCAGAUAUAUCUGCUCUUAUAGCUACUAAAAUGAAGGAAUUCCAUGAUCUUCAGAUGCCCGGUCCAAAGGAUGUCGUCCUCUGGGGCAGAUUGAGAAAUUGGCUGAGUACAGCCAAGAGAUUGUGUAGUCCAGAAGAAGCUAAUGAAUUUCAGUUAGAUUCCAUUGAAAAGGAAAUCUCUAUACUGGAGAAGGAGCUCUCAGUACUGAAUCAGCAGUUAGGUUUCUGCCACAAUGAUUUACAGUAUGGAAACAUAAUGAUUGAGGAAGAGAGUAAAACGAUAACGAUAAUUGACUAUGAGUAUGCAAGUUAUAAUCCUGUUGCAUUUGACAUAGCAAACCAUUUCUGUGAGAUGGCGGCUGACUAUCACACAGAUACCCCUCAUAUUUUAGACUACAGUAAAUAUCCUGGCUUAGAGGAGCGCAAGAGGUUUGUUCGUAUGUAUCUGAAUUCUUCAGGCAAUCAACCUAUUGACAAAGAAGUGGAGCAGCUAGUUGAAGAUGUUGAGAAGUAUACCCUUGCAGACCAUCUGUUCUGGGGCUUAUGGGGAAUAAUAUCGGAACAUGUGAAUGAUAUUGAUUUUGACUACAUGCAAUAUGCAAAGCAGAGAUUUCAACAGUACUGGAGAACCAAGGCUUUGCUAUUGGGUUCUGUUGGAUCUUCCCCAGACACAGGGACUGAUGGUAACCGUACUACUUAGUUCUUCUCGAGUUGUGUUCACUUGUAGUGAGUUAUGUAUACAGUUGGUUAUUUAGAGCACCUUUGGAUUUGAUUAGAUUGAAGACUAGCAGUUAUUGUUUGUUGUUAUGUGAUACUGGUUUUGUAGGAAAUAUCCCAAGUGUUUUUGUUUCUCAUUUCCUUAGUGUCACCAUUUGGUUUAAUCUCACUGUUUCAAGACUUUCAAGGAUGUGGUGAAUGGUGAUGUUUAUAUUUUCUGAUACAUUAUGUGCACAGUUGCAGUAGCUUGACAUCAUGAUCUAUACAGGUCAGUAGAUUUAGUUGAAGUUAGCAGGUAGAGUGGGUUAGGUUAGGUUGAGAUGAUCAAGAAAAAGUAAUCUGAAGUGGAUGAAGUUCUAUCAAAUGCAAUGUAUUGUCAUGACCUAAUGUUGAAGUGAUCAGGAAAAUUGGAUAUUUUAGUGAUCGAUAUGAAGAGCACUUCAUCUUCAGUGUCUUUGUCAUA